UUCAUCUACUUAUCUUUAUUUGUUCCCAUACUAAUUAUUACAUUGCAAUGGCUCUGUCACGUCUCUCCUUGGCAUUUUCCUUGCUUCUACUGUCAUUUCUAGCAAUUGCUUCGGCUGGCGAUUAUGGUGGUGAUGCUUCAUCUAAGUAUGGCUUCGAUGGUAUACCGGCUGACAGCCCUCAGGCAAAGCCAGAAGGAGAAGAGAAGCCUAUUUAUGGCACAAAUCAAGACACCUACAAGCCAAAACCAGAAGAGAAGGAAAAGCCUGACUACAGCAAAAAGCCAUACGUUGUGAAACCAAAGUCAGAAGGAGAAGAUCAGAAGCCUAUUUAUGGCACAAAUCAAGAUACCUACAAGCCGAAACCAGAAGAGAAAGAAAAAUCUGGUUACAACGGAAACUCAUACGUUGUAAAACCAAAACCAGAUAACUACAAGCAAGCAAAGGCAGAUGAAAAGGCUUCCUAUGGAAGUAAAUCAGAAGAAACGAAAAACUAUGUGUCAUCUGCUGUUCAAGGGACUGUUUUAUGUAAAACAGGUUCCAAGUAUUACCCAAUUCAAGGUGCUUUGGCAACGAUAACAUGUAAAGCUGUUGAUGAGGUCGGGGUGGAGAAAACUCUCUCCUUUUGCAGUAAAUCAACUGAUGCAAAAGGUUACUUCUUCAUUCCAUUGGGUGGCCGCAACUUGGAGCUUAAAGAAUGCAAGGCUUAUCUUAAAAGCUCUCCAUUGGCUGCUUGCAAUGUUCCCACUAAUGUCAACAAAGCCAUCGAGGGUGCUCUUUUAUCUGCUUUUCGUGUUCUAAACCAGAAGAAGACCAAAUUGUACUCGGUUGGACCUUUCUUCUACACCACCCAAGCUACUCCAGCCCCUGGAUAUUCUUACUAA